CAGCUCUGCACUUGCCUGCUUAGUUUGUUUUGUUUCUACACGGCCAUCCCCUUGCCAGUGCUCGGUGAAGUGCUUCCGCUAGUACCGAAAAACGCUCCAAGAAUCGACCAGCAUGUCGCACCAAACGGGCAUCAAGGCUAACGCGGAGCUGUUGAAGUUUUUUGGCAAAUGCAAAGAUGGCAAAACUCGCGUGCUGAAGGUGUCCAUCGAAAACGAGGAGCUUACGCUGGUGAGCCACAGCGAUGUGAAGCGUGACUGGGAGAAGGACUACGAUGCGUUAGUUAGGCCGCUGGUUGAGGAGAGCACACCGUGCUACAUUCUCUAUAGGUUGGACUAUAAAAUUCCCACCGGGUACGCGUGGCUGCUGAUGAGCUGGGUGCCCGAGUCGGCAACGGUGCGACAGAAAAUGUUGUACGCCUCGACGAAGGCCACCCUAAAGCUCGAGUUCGGGUCGGGCCAUAUCAAGGAAGAGCUGAAUGCUACGUCAAAGGAAGAAACGACACUUCAGGGCUAUCAGAAACAUCGUAUUGAUUCGAGCACACCGGCCCCCCUGACGAGCCGCGAGGAGGAGCUGGCGGAGAUCCGCAAAACGGAAGUAAAGACGGAUUUCGGUAUCGAUACCAAGCAGCAAACGCUCGGGGGCAUCAAUUGUCCCAUUUCGGAGCCGACUGCCCAAGCGUUGCACGAUAUGCGCCGCGGGGGUUACAACUAUCUGCAGUUUCGAAUCGACCUCGAGGAGGAAAAAAUCCAUCUUGUAAAAGCGGCCAACAUCGAGCUCACCGCACUGCCCGCACAGAUCCCGACCGAUCAUGCCCGGUACCAUUUGUACAUUUUCAAGCACCACCACGAGGGCGCGUAUCUGGAGAGUGUGGUGCUGAUCUACUCGAUGCCCGGGUACAGCUGCUCGAUCCGCGAGCGCAUGAUGUACUCGAGCUGCAAGGGUCCGUUUACGGUGACGAUCGAAAAGCACGGCAUUGAGGUGGCAAAGAAGCUGGAAAUCGAUAGCGGCACCGAGCUGACGGAGGAAUUCCUGCACGAGGAGCUGCACCCGCGCAAGCUCAACCUUCGGCCACAGUUUUCCAAACCGAAGGGGCCGCCCAGUCGCGGUGCCAAAAGACUGACCAAACCCCAGGCCGUCGAGUAAGGGACGGGUGCGCGGUAUGGGAAACUCGUUCCACCGGAACAACGUAGCACGUUUUGGCGAUUCUACAGUUCUAGGAUGCCACCACCCUUGGCUAGGUCGCGGCCGAUGAGCACCCAUCGCCCCACCCUACCUUUUCAUCGCAUUUUACAUCGCAUCGUGGCAAUACUACUACUUUAUGUUUAUGUUUGUUCGUUCGUGUGCAACGUAAUUUAUUGUACCUCUUUUCACACCCAGCACGCACAUGUGCGGCGGCGGCGUGCGGCCAACAGUGUGGCCGAGGUUUGCUGUGUGCAAUAUGCAGUAUCGGUAGUAUUAUUGUAGUUCAACAACAACAAAAAAACAAACUAAAGCAAAAUCUAUUACGUGAGAAGUGGCAGAGGCAGAUAAAUUGCAUUUCUCGAAAACGAAAUUAAACGAUACCAAAAGUGACAGAAUUUGGAGAUUUUACGAGCAGUAGGCUUACCGGAACGGGCUUGCCAACGAUACAACGAUUUAG